UUAUUUUCCAGUUUUUUUUUUUUUUCUUAAUUUGUUUGUGAGGUUUAAGAAUGGGGAAUGCCAGUGGAAGGGAAGAGGGUGGCGGCGAUAGCCCAUCUGAAGCUGAUGCGCAGGUUAGCAUGGCCGAUCGAGAUGGCCCUGACGGCAGCUAUCAUGCGCCUGGUGCCGAGUAUAUGGGUCAGUACCCACCUUCAAGUCCCAGGGCUUCUCAGUCCCCAUUGAUGUUUAGACCUCAGAUGCCAGUGGUUCCUUUACAAAGACCGGAUGAGUUAAAAAUCCCGAGUAUAUCAUGGAUGAAAACCAGCUCAGGUUAUGAAGAUGGAAACAAUGAGAAACGUAUUCCAACUAUGAUCACAUGGAGCUAUGGUGGCAAUGAAGUUUUUGUAGAAGGGUCAUGGGAUAAUUGGAAAUCGAGGAAGCCCUUGCAGAGAUCGGGUAAAGACUUCACCAUCAUGAAUGUGCUUACUUCUGGAGUUUAUCAGUUUAGGUUUUUCGUAGAUGGAGAAUGGAGGUACUCACCUGAUCAGCCGUAUGACAAGGACGAUACUGGAAAUGCUUACAACAUUUUGGACUUGCAGGAUUAUGUUCCGGAAGAUACCGGAAGCAUUUCAGGUUUCGAGCCUCCUCAGUCCCCUGACUCGAGCUACAGCAACUUGGAGCUCGGGCAGGAGGAUUUUGCAAAAGAGCCCCCAAUGGCCCCACAGCAUUUGAAUUCGACUCUGUUAAACGUGGCUUCGACUCACAUGGAAAUCCGGGCACCUUACUCAAGGCCUUCACAUGUAGUGCUGAACCAUCUGUAUAUGCAUAAGGAUAAGAGCUACCCAUCUGUGGUGGCACUCGGGUCCACCAGCCGAUAUCUGUCCAAAUAUGUGACUGUGGUGCUGUACAAGGCCAUACAGAGGUAAAAUUUUGGAGAAAAAAUUGGAAUAAAAAAAAAAAGAAAAUUGUUGAGGAUGUUAUUAGUUUUAUUCAGGAAAUGUAAUUAAGAAAAAUCACAUGCUGAACUCAGUGAACAGCCAUACGAGGAAAUAUAUUUUGGUUUUUUUAUUAAGAAAAGGAAAAUCUUUCUUUGAUCUACAAGUUCUUGGGGCUGUCUUUGCUCUUUGUUUGAUGAUUCUGUUAUUUGAUGAUGUUAAAACUCAAGGUAUUAUCUUGAAAGAAGGUUAAAUUGAGAGAUGGAGGAGUUAAAACAUUGUAAUGGUCUUCAGAUGUUUGUGAAUAAACUUGAUGUUUAAUGAUAUGGAAUUCUUGAAUCUCAGUCUGCUUUGAAAAAAUUUGAUGUUUAAUGAUAUGGAAUUCUUGAAUCUCAGUGUGCCUUCA